CGGCCGCACCGGUUUUUGACAACCAGCAGUGUGCUCGGAGGACGUAUCAUAAGAUCAAGUGUACUCUUAGCUUACUUGUCUACCUUGUUUCAAACUGAAUCAUUUCCGAUUGAUAUAAACGGCAUCCCUUUGUUUUGGCAGAAUUUAAAUGUUACGCUUAUAUAGAAACUUAACCGUAUGGUGUGCUACUUUUCUACUAUGCGAUAUAAUUAGCUAACUUGUCAGAAGUAUUUUUACGUCUUUUAGUACGAGAGCCUGUCCAAUUCCUCCACGAUCAUGCCUAUUCAGCUGACUAGUCAAGCUUACUGUAAAAUGCUACUGCACGCCGCCAAGUAUCCGCACAGCGCCGUCAACGGGUUGUUGGUUGCAGAAAAAGACAAAGAGAGAAAGAAAGACAGUUGCCAAGAUCCAGUCUUGUGUGUGGACUGCGUGCCACUCUUCCAUGGCACUCUGGCUCUUGCACCAAUGCUAGAAGUUGCUUUAACACUGAUUGACACUUGGUGUAAAGAAAACAAUUAUGUCAUCGUCGGAUACUAUCAAGCAAAUGAACGCACAAAGGAUUCAAGACCCAACCAAGUUGCGGAAAAAGUGGCAGCAAGGAUUUCGGAAUGCUUCAGUGAAGCUGCAAUUGUUAUGGUGGACAGCAGCAGAUUAAAAAUGAGCUGCCGUGAGCCCAUUGUGCUCAUUUAUGAUCUUCAUGAAAAUAAGUGGAAAAGUAGGGAUGUCAAUAUCGACUCCUUCGAGGACUGGAGCGAAGCGCAAAAGAUCACGUCAGCUCUUCUAGAGGGAAGGGCCUACGAGAACUUGAUUGACUUUGACAAUCAUUUGGACGACCUCAGGAACGACUGGACCAACCCGGUCAUUAACAAGUCUGUCCUGGACUUGUGUUGAGACCGUCGGCCGUGCAGGCUUAACAAGCGCAUGGAGAUGGCUGCCAUUGCUACUUGUGGCACAGGAGCACACGAUGCUCAACCCAGUCCCGGUUCCACUUGAGGUUUUGGUACUGUCCAGAAUAUGUGGAAGACCGACCUUUUAUUAGGCCAACCGAUCUCAAGGGCAAGCACCUGAUUGUGCACUUUGCGCAGGCAUUGCAGACAUAAUGUGGCUCAAUGCAUUUUUUGUAGAAUGAGAAUGAUGUGUCUUUAUUCAUAGUGCUAAAAUUAUUAAUUAAACUUAGAAAAUAUUUGAUCGAGUUUGUUCUUCUGAAGUAGCCAUACUGAGGUAAAACCCCUAAUACAGCGGUGCCUCAACAUACGAAUUUCAUUUGUUCGGUGACGCAAAACAUUUGUACUCAAAUCAUCUUUAACUAUUGAAAUGAAUGUAAAUGUUAUUACUAAUCUAUUUCAGAAAAGAAGGUCUUUUAAACAAGAAAAAUAGCAACUCAAUAAUUUACUUUAUAAAAUAAACAACCGUGAGAUAAUUAAAUGGAUUGUAAAGAAUGAAACUGUUUUGGGCACUUUUUUGCAUCAAUUCAGUAGACAUUGUGCUUGAACUUCUGCACCUCUUGGGCACAUGAAGACAUUAUAAUACAGAUAAAGACACACAGAAGAGUUUCACUGAUGAAUAAGGAAGAUGCAGUAAUAUUAGUCUUUUUUUGCAUAGUGAAAAGAAUAGAUGAGUGUGUAUUGUUAUAUUGUUUGUCUACAUUUGUUAUUCAAAUAUAGUAGCUGUUGCCGAAGGGUUAUAACAUGCUAUUUGUUACCCUGUUGUUUUUGCAUUACGUGUUAGCAUUAAGCUCACAGGAUUUAGUGAGGCAAAAAUAAUGUGGUUUGGCUCCGUAAACAUGUAGUUUUCUGUUUAGUUUGAUGGUCAACUAACUACAAUUCAAUGUCAAUCAUCUUGAAGACGUUUUUUUGAAGAUACUGAGUAUUUGCUUGCUGUCAAGCAAUUAAAUUCACUGCCACACCAUAUUGUAGUUGCAAGUCAGAAAAGGUGGCUAACUGAUGGCUUGUAAAAACUCCUAUGUCGGGUCUCAAGGACCCAUUGCAAAUGAUUUGAUUGAAAUGAUUGGUGGGAAAUUACUACUACUGACAUGAUUACCAUUUUUUUGUGUUGUCUUUACACCUCUAAAACAUGUUUUAAAGUGAUGACUGUACUGUUUUCUUUUAUACAAGUACCAGCAAUUACACUGAUAUAUUUAAAAUUAUUACGUACUCUUCUCAAGAUCAUAGAAAUAUAUAACUUUUGUUUGCUUUAUCUUACCUAUUACUUAAUGUAUAGUUGCUUAAUAGACCCCUCUUAAUUCUUCCUUCUAAAAAUUAUUAGUAGGAAUGAAUGUGUUUUGCUUUGAUUUGUGUUGCUUAAAAUAAAGAGUUCAUUUCACAUUUAA